AUGAUCUGGAAACCCGGAUUUGUUCUUGCGACGUUAGGCGUCAGUGGAGCUUUAUGUACGCCAGUUUCUAAGGCGAAUGACUCGAAAUAUGUCAACUGGAAGACUUUCAAGGCCUACGGGGUGAAUCUAGGAGGUUGGCUUGUUCAAGAGUCGACAAUUGACACGUCAUUUUGGACCAAAUACUCUGAGGGUGCUACAGACGAGUGGGGUCUCUGUGAAAACCUCGGUGCACAAUGUGGCCCUGUCUUGGAAAACCGUUAUGCGACCUGGAUCACCCUCUCUGAUGUUGAUACAAUGGCCAAAUCGGGGAUCACUCUGCUGCGUAUCCCGACAACAUAUGCAGCUUGGAUCCAUUACCCUGGCUCGAAACUCUAUUCUGGUAAACAGGUGGACUAUUUGCGAAAGAUUGCUACCUAUGCUAUUGAAAAAUAUGGCAUGCAUAUCAUUCUCGACGUCCACAGUCUGCCCGGGGGCAUCAAUGGAUUGACAAUUGGAGAGGCUGCUGGUCACUGGAACUGGUUUCACAAUCAGACCAACUUUGACUACUCCAUGGAGGUGGUCGACGAGGUGAUUUCAUUCAUUCAAAAUUCGGGCCAUCCGCAAUCAUUUACAUUCGAGCCCAUGAACGAGCCUGCCGAUAACCAUGAUUUGUCGGUGUUUGGUACUUCAGCUGCUCUUUCAGACUCCGGUGCGGCUUGGGUUCUCAAAUACAUCAAUAAAGUCUUGGAGCGGGUUGCUGCCGUCAAUAAAAAAAUCCCCGUCAUGUUUCAAGGGAGCUUCAAAGGAGAAAAAUAUUGGUCCUCAAACUUCUCCAGCAGUGCCAAUCUCGUUUUUGAUGUUCACAACUAUUACUUUGAAGGUCGAAACACCACUUCAAAGAACGUGCCAUCCUAUAUUUGCUCUGAUGCGAAGCAAACACCCGGUGAUGGCAAGUUCCCAACCUAUGUUGGAGAAUGGUCGAUCCAAGUACUAUACAACAACAGUUUUGAUUUGCGAGAGCGGAACCUCAAUGUUGGUUUGACAGCAUUUCACAAAUAUUCGCAUGGGGCGGCUUAUUGGACUUGGAAAUUCUUCGGGAAUGCCACAGUGGAUGGACAGGGCACACAGGCUGAUUAUUGGAACUACAAGUAUUUUACUAAUCAGGGCUACGUUCACCCAGACGCCACUUACCUGGACUAUUGUUAG